UCUGCAGGCAUCUAGCAGGACUACUAUGUGCGCUGAAGUUUAGGUCCAUGUCUGUCCGGUGUCAUUGGUGAAUGACCGAAGAUGUCUCAUAGCAGGUUGUUUGCCCGGUUGCUCUUGCAGCAGGCUGGGGUGAGACACUGUUACACUGGCAACAGGAGGAACCUGUACAUCAACAAGAACACUAAGGUCAUCUGUCAGGGCUUCACAGGAAAACAGGGCACCUUUCACAGUCAGCAGUCUUUGGACUAUGGCUCUCAGUUAGUAGGAGGAGUGUCUCCAGGCAAGGGGGGCAAAACACACCUGGGUCUGCCAGUCUUCAACUCUGUGAAGGAGGCUAAGGAUGGCACAGGGGCUGAUGCCACCGUGAUCUAUGUGCCACCUCCUUUUGCGGCAGCCGCCAUCAUCGAAGCGAUUGACGCAGAGAUAUCACUGGCCGUCUGUAUCACAGAGGGAAUCCCUCAGCAGGACAUGGUGCGGGUCAAACACAAGCUGCUCCGCCAGAGCAAGACCCGCCUCGUCGGCCCCAACUGUCCUGGUGUCAUCAACCCUGGCGAGUGUAAAAUUGGGAUCAUGCCUGGGCACAUCCACAAGAAAGGAAAAAUUGGCAUUGUAUCUAGAUCGGGCACUCUUACGUAUGAAGCCGUACAUCAGACGACACAAGUGGGUCUGGGCCAGUCACUGUGUGUUGGUAUUGGUGGAGACCCUUUUAAUGGCACUAACUUCAUUGACUGCCUGGAGGUGUUCCUGCAGGACCCAAAAACUGAGGGCAUCAUUUUGAUUGGAGAGAUUGGAGGAGAUGCAGAAGAGAAUGCGGCAGAGUACCUGAAACAGCACAACUCUGGUGCCGGUGCUAAGCCUGUGGUGUCAUUUAUUGCUGGCUUAACGGCCCCUCCUGGAAGGAGAAUGGGGCACGCAGGAGCCAUCAUUGCCGGAGGCAAAGGGGGUGCCAAAGAGAAGAUCGCCGCCCUGCAGUCAGCUGGAGUCAUCGUCAGCAUGUCUCCGGCUCAGCUGGGCAGCACCAUGUACAAGGAGUAUUGAGAAGGACAAACCUCUGACU